AUGAACACGGGUGAUCCACCAAUUCCUGAUGCUAUUCUAUAUUGGUAUGAACAUGGAAUUGGGAGAAAAAUCAGCGGCAAGAAUAAAGGUGUCAUAGAGGAGGUAAAAAAUUAUCUCAAGUCAGAGGGAUGGACCUUCUGGUACAAAACAAAGGGAUCAAGAGAAGAAUUGCGAUAUACUUCUCCAAUGGGAAAAAAUUAUAUUUCUCUUCGGAUGGCCUGCGAAGGGUACUUGCAGGAAAGAGGGAUAGUGGUGGAAGACAUCAAAGCUACAAGAAAUCAAAAGGUGAAUCUUGAUGGAAAGAAAAGGACCUCGCUUUCAGAUGCAAAGAAAGUUAAUGCUUUUCCUCAUCGAAGUGUGGCUGUUUCUGAGUUGAUUGAUAAGAAUGUGGUGCUGCCCAAGGCCAAGGUCCAUUACCUUGGUGCCAAUGGUCCCCUGGCAAAAGGGCAGAUAGAUCGAGAUGGGAUUAACUGUGAUUGCUGCAAUCAGGUGUUUACACUUUCGAAAUUUGAAGCUCAUGCAGGGAGCACAAAGCACAGACCGGCUGCCAACAUUUUUCUGGAUGAUGGAAGAUCUUUAGCAGAUUGCCAAAGGCAAAUGUUUGAGAACGAUGAGAUAAGACUUUUCAAAAAGAAACAACACAAUGCUAUUGAGAAUGAUAAGUCAUGUUCCGUAUGUCUUUCUGAAGGCAUACUAAUUUUCUGUUCUAAUUGUCCUUCCUCCUUUCACGAGAGGUGCCUUGGCCCGGAAGUUAUCCCAAAUGGUGAUUGGUUUUGUCCCUCCUGUUCUUGUGGGAUCUGUGGCAAACGACAAUAUGAACAUUCACACUCAAAAGAUGAAGAAAUUAUCUCCAUUUGUCAUCAAUGCGAGCAUAAUUUUCACAUGGGUUGCCUGAGGAAGAGCAGAGGAUUAAUCAAGUCAAAAAAUUCUGAAAAUAAAUGGUUUUGCAGUGAUAGAUGUGAACUUGUUUGUCACCAUCUUCAUCAGCUUCUGGGUAGAUCCCUUCCACUAGGUAGAGACAGUUUAACCUGUAAAUUACUGAAACCCGGUUAUCAAAAUCCAAGUGAUUCAGAUAAGAUUGAGGCUUUGAUGGAGAAUCAGAAAAAGCUGCUUGUAGCUCUUGAAAUUAUGCAUGAAUGUUUUGAGCCUAUCAAAGAAGCUUCAACCAGGCGAGAUCUUUUCGAAGAGGUUAUGAUGAAUCAAGAAUCGGACCUAAAACGACUGAACUUUCAAGGCUUCUAUACGAUCGUUUUGCAGAGAAACGAAGAAGUAAUCUCGGUGGCAAAUUUCAGAGUAUAUGGAAAAUUGGCGGAGAUGCCAAUUGUGGCUACAAGGCCUCAGUAUCAGAAAAAUGGUAUGUGUCGUCUUCUAAUGAAUGUGCUUGAAAGGCUUCUGGUUGCUUUGGGAGUGGAGAAGUUAGUGUUGCCUGCAAUUCCUGAUAGUCUAAACAUGUGGGUAAGUAAAUUUGGGUUCUCCAAGAUGACAGAUUCUGAGAAAUUAGGCUACUUAAAUUAUACUUUCCUGGAUUUUCAAGACGCCAUCAGGUGUCAAAAAUCGUUGAAGAAGAAGAGCCUUUGA